AUGCGUCAAACAGUUUACAUUGCCCCUAAAGUACAAGCGAGACGAAAAACGUUUUUGGGACAAGUGUCAGUGGCAAAACAUGGCUCCCGCACCUACGCUAUCGAUCAUAACGAUGCAGCCGAGAAAUUUCACGAAUGGGGACAGUUUGUGCUGUCAGCGAAUCUGACAUAA